AAUGGCUUCCUUCGACUGCAAAUUUUCCAAAUUUCGCCAAAAAUGACGCCCAAGAACCUUCGCACGUUAUAAUUUUCGUGCUAAUGACAAUAAAUCAAAAGAUAUAUUCAUAUAGCAACCGUGGGCCAAAAUUCAGGACAAUGCAACCAGGGAUAGGUGUGUUUGGAACUGGUACGACAGUCCGAUGUCUGGUGCCAAUUUUGAAGACGUGUGGUUUUCAGGUGCAGGCUUUGUGGGGACGGACCAAGGACCUUGCUGAAGAUGCAGCGCGGGAUUUAAGUAUUCCUUUUAGCACAAAUAAAGUUGACGAUGUUCUUUUGCACAAGGAUGUGGACUUAGUUUUCAUAAGUUGUCCGCCCCAUUUGCAGUCGCCGAUUGCCGAAAAGGCACUAGGUAUUGGCAAACAUGUUAUCUGUGGGACUCCAGCUGGUCCAGGACAGAUUGAUGCAUUUAAGAUGGUUAGUGGUGCUCGAUACUAUCCAUCGCUCAUGUCGUUGAUGUGCUAUGGUUUGAGAUUGUUGCCAGCUUUUGAUAAAAUGAAGACACUUAUCAGUGACGGUUAUAUUGGUGAUUUUAUUGCCUGCGAAGCACGUGUUCAUUGUGGCAGCAUGUUGAAGGAUGACUAUGACUGGAUGUGCGAUGAAUUGAUGGGUGGUGGAGUGCUCAAUACUAUCGGUGGUACUAUCAUAGACAUUGUCAGUUACGUGACCAAACAAAAGGCAGUCAAAGUUCACGGAUUGUUAAAAACGUUUACAAAACAAACACCAAAGAUAAAUGGUAUUCGCCAAAUCACCAGCGAUGAUUUCUGCAGCUUUCAAAUGGAGAUGGAGAGUGGGGCUUGUGCAAUAAUAACUCUGAACAACCACAUUCCUGGACAGUUCAUGCAAGAGGUCCUUAUCUGUGGCAACAAAGGGCGUCUGAUUGCUAAAGGUGCCGAUUUGUAUGGCCAAAAGAAUGAAGCGCACAAAGAGGAACUUUUGUAUCAUGACCCCAUGAAUAUUCUUGAUGUUCAGAGGUCAUAUGUUUCUGAAACAAUCCGCGCAGACAUUCCCAUUCCAUACUUAAAAGGUCUGAUUAAGUUGAUUGAUGCAGUUAAGGAUGCGUUUAAGUCAGUCGCAGAGCGCCAUGGUUGGUCCAGAGCACCAGUCUCUCAAGCAGCUACAUUUGAAGAUGCACUAUACAUCCAGACCGUCAUUGAUGCAGUCAGAAAAUCAAGCACCAAAGGGGAAUGGGUGAAGGUGAACAUUAUGACGGAAGAGCCUGACCCUAACCCAUUCUUGUCAGCAGCAGUCAGGAGAAGUACAUUCUCCCUUUAUUACUGAAUCAGUCAUCAUGCUUCACUGUAAUCGGCUAAGUAAACUGGGGACUGGCCAAAUGCAUAAUAUGCCCUUGUACAUGUAGGCCAUGGACCUAAUCCAAAGAAGGAUGUUUCCUAUUUACUGACAAUGUCAAUCCCCAGUUUAUUGUGCUGUCCAGUAUUUAAAAGAAGUACAAUAGAAAAUGUAUGUUAAUGUAGACCAUGUGUAUUUGGGACACUAAGAUAAAGCUGAAAAUGUGUCAGAUGAUCAGUAGUCACAAGAUUCAUGCAUGUCCAACUGCAGGCAAAUCAUGAAGACGUAGUGCAGAAAGAGUGGUCAGUCAUUGACCCUUCUUCAAGAAUUUGUUCUACAUUUUUGUCGGUCAGUGAUUCACAUUUACAAAUGUAACCGUUUAACAAAUACACUAAAAUCAAGUAUCAUAAUAUCAAGCUAAUGAAUGUACCCAUUUUAUUUUAUGUUACAUGUAUUUCGAAUGUUUAAGCUGUUGUAAUAGGAGAAGGCUGUGUGGCCUGCAUGCAUGACAUGUGCUAAUAACUGGUCACAACAACCAUCAUGGUUCCAGGCCAAUGUAAACUAGUCUGUUCGGACUCCUGUAUGUAAAUUUUAUAAAAAGAUGGCAGCACUUGCGCGACACGCAUAUCUCUCUUUGUCCUGUAGUGAUCUUAGUGAAAGUUGGGAAGUGUCGUCUUGGCGAGUAUUAAACAGUGUAAAGAUG